CGGAUAUCAUCGCAUAUUGGUAUCCUCACCUGCUUACCGGCGAAACACCUCCUCUGUGACUCUUAUAAAAUAGCUGCGAGGUGCUCGUCUCAUUUUCUACUUCCCAGAGUGUCUCUCUGGCAGUGAUUCUUGAGUGCAUACUCCGCUGAACCUGGGCUAAACAAGCACGCGAUCCUAACACAUGCCGCUUUUGGAGAUGGAUACAGCGAUCGACCUUUCGGAUGCCUCCAAGGCUUUGGAUUUGGCCAAUAUCCGAUUUCAGCUAAUCCGACUGGAGGAUACGAUCACCUUCCACCUGAUAGAACGAGUCCAGUUUCCCCUCAACGCGACCAUUUACGACGCUGCCGCCCUCCCCAUACCCUCCAGUAAUUUGGCAUUACCUGCGCAGAUAUCUCUCUGCGACUAUCUCCUCUCCGAAACUGAACGUUUACACUCCCUUGUCCGCCGAUACGAUGCUCCGGACGAAUAUCCUUUCUUUCCCCAAGUCCUACAGCGACCUGUGCUCAAGGCCAUAGCAUACCCCAAGAUCCUCCACGAUAACGAUGUUAAUGUUAAUGACACCAUCAAAGAGAAGUAUAUCAAGGAAGUUUUGCCGGAGGCUUGCCGAAAGUUCGGGCGGGAAGAUCGCGGUGAAGCCAAAGAGAAUUACGGUAGUGCCGCAACUUGUGAUGUCGCUUGUUUGCAGGCCUUGAGCAGGCGAAUACAUUUUGGUAAAUUCGUGGCCGAGAGCAAAUUCCAGGCGGAGACGGAGCGAUUUGUCAAGCUCAUUAAAGCCGAGGAUCGCGAGGGUCUCGACGCUGCCAUCACUAACGAAAAGGUCGAGCUGCAGGUCCUGGAGCGGCUGCGGUUGAAAGCCAAGACUUAUGGCAAAGACCCCUCGGUAACAUCCAACGGUGCUGGUGGAGAGGAAAAGAUCAAUGUCGAGGCUGUAGUGAAGAUGUACGCUCAGGUUGUUAUUCCUUUGACCAAGGUUGUCGAGGUGGAGUAUCUUAUGCAGAGGCUGAAAGGGACCAAGUGGGAAUAAAACCGGAAUCCUGUUCAGGACUGAGGCUUGAGGUAUUCGGCGACAUUUUGGACCGCGUCUUUGAACUUCUCCGCAGAAAUGAGUAUGGCAUGGCCCUGCGGCUUGAUCCCCAGCUCUUGAAACGCUCGUUUCGAGUCUGAGUGUCCCUCGUCCUGUUUGACGGAAUAAUCAAAGCCGCUAUGGCAGAUGGCAUGUCCAUGCAGAACCUCGUCCUCCGGAUGGAAGUACAUUGUCUCGAAUGAGCCAGAGGUUGCUUUCUUUUUCUUUUUGGGAGGGUCAUUCUCGGCGUCAAGCUUCGAAGCAACUUCCGUGUAUGUCUUGGAGAGGAUGAGAUAGUGAGUGAAGUUAUAUGGUUCGCCAUCUUGGAUGGCCCAUUCCAUCUCUUCUAUCAGCAUUGUGUACAUUGGAGGGACGACUUCAGCCGGGACAUUGAUCAGACGCUCUGUAAGGAUCAGGCCUAUCUGCGGAAUCGUGGCCUGGGAAAGGAGCUCCGCAAGGGGAGCCAGCGCGGGUUUUGACUUUGCUUUGGAUAGUAAAUAUUGCACGAUCUUGCCCAUGAACGGCUU